GACGUCACAUCCGUUCUACUGAGGGUGCGUAAUUUAAAAGGUCUACGGGGGUGACAGGCAAGGCGGUUGAACAAUGGGCAGUUACUACUAAAAAUUGAUCAAUUUUCGGCAAAAACCGGCUAUCCGCAGUUCUUCUUCUGUUUGGAAAGACCAGUAACUGGUUCGACACGGGAGUGGAGUGUUGUACAAAGGCGCGAUUAGUGGAUAAAUGCCUCAGUUUUUGAAGAGGAAAAAACCAGCGAACGUUAUUACAACAGGAAAGAAAAAGAAGAAGCAGAUUACGAUGUCCGACAUAGAAAACGACAACCACAGCUUCCUCUCAGGCUGCUGCGAGAUCCUCAAGGGCCGUCUGUACUUCAACUCAAAGCCCAUCACGCCCGACACAGACAUAGGUGACGAUAUCCACUGUUUUGUCACCGGCGACGACAUAGAGUACUUGAGCUUCUUCAAAGACUUUGGCCCAUUCAACCUAGCCAUGAUCCAUCGCUACUGCGAGUUCUUGAACGACAAGUUGCACUACACCCCUGAGCACAAGCACAAAAAAAUUGUCCACUGCAUUCUGGGCGGAACGCCGGAGAAGGCUUUGAAGAAGAGGGCUGUGAAUGCUGCAUUCCUUAUUGGAACUUAUGCCAUCGUCUACCUAAAUCGGACGGCUAAAGAGGUGAUCAGCAUAUUGCAGAAAGGCGGCCCAUACAUCAAAUUUAGGGACGCCUCGUACCUGCCCUCAGAAGUGGCAUCAUACAUGGAUUUGUCCGACACUCUCAAGGCUGUCGAAAAAGCGCACAAACUAGGGUUUUUCAACUUUGACGACUUUAACUAUGCUGAAUAUGAGCAUUAUGAACAGGUGCACAAUGGAGAUUUGAAUCUGCUGGUUCCUGACAAAUUCCUUGCUUUCCGUGGACCGGCUGAGCGAACAGAAAUCCGUAACGGAUACCCCUAUUUUGCACCCGACAAGUACUUUGAUUACUUCAAAAGCAACAAUGUGAGCACAAUCAUUCGGCUGAACGCUAAAUUUUAUGAGGCUGAGGACUUUGUAAAGGCCGGCUUCAAGCAUGAGGAUCUCUUUUUUCGUGAUGGCAGCACCCCUUGUGAUGAGAUUUUGAAAAAGUUCCUGCGCGCCUGUGAGGAGAGCAACGGCAUGAUUGCCGUGCACUGCAAAGCUGGACUUGGUCGCACCGGUACCCUCAUAGCCUGCUACAUGAUCAAGCACUACAAGUUUACAGCCAUGGAGGCCAUUGCCUGGCUGCGCAUCUGCCGCCCGGGCAGCGUCAUUGGCAACCAGCAGAACUGGGUGUUGAAAAAAGAGUCGCUAAUGCUCGAACAGGGUCGUAACUACCCUGUCCCAAUGCACAAUUUUGGUGUCUACAGCAUCAAGGGUCGACCAAACAUCCAACUGUCCAGCUUGAAGGACUUGAUGAUGAACAACAUAUUGGAAAAGGUGGACACCAUUGGGCUCAAUGAUGAAACGUCUUCAACCUCUUCGGAUGAUGCUGAGGAAAAGGACGAGAAGGAGCACGAAACGCAGGGUGAUCGACUCAACAAGCGGAAAAGCAUGCUGGCCAGGAAAAAGAAUGCCCCGACAGUCAGGGCAGCAAGUGAGGGCCGGAGAAGGCCUCUGACGAGGAGUAAAGGUCGAAGACCGCAGACAAGAUCAACAUCACAUGUUCUGAGGUCUGGAUUCAAAAUCCAGAUUGCUUAAGUUAACCUUUUUUUUGGAAGGCUUUCUGGAAAAUUGGGAAGCAACUUUUUUAAUUUUUAGAUCUUCCAGUAUUGCUUUUAUAGGGUAUCCACUCCCAAAAUGGUGCGCGGAGUUUAAUAACUGCUUAUUAACAAGUGAUAAAAUGUCACUUUUUGAAGCAAAUCGAGUCAAAUUUAUUUUUAGUGAGCAACCCCCAAGAGGAAUAACAUUGUGUAUUUUAAAAUUGGAUUGUUAGCAGAAUGCGAGAUUGGCAAAAAUGCACAAAAAUUUGGUAAUCGUGUUAGGGUGAAACUGAAACAGCAUUUUUUAUUGAUGUACAAAUCUUUCUCUGCCAUAAUAUUUUACAAAAGCGUGUAUAUUUGUGCUCUUAAUCAUAAAGAGUUGAAAAAUGUCGUUUUCUCUAAAUGGAAUUAAAAAUAAAGCAAAUUCUGUAACCUUUCGAAUGAGACAUCACUUGCCACCAUGGAUAUGGAUGCCAGCGAUUCUCUUUGUUGUAAUUAGUUGUAAUCUGCUAAAUUUUAAAAAAAGGUGCAUUGUAUCCAUGAAAAUUAAUCUGAACGAAUCUGAAGUGUCCAUAUUGCAAAAUAUGUGCUGUUGCUAUCAAAUAGUUAAUAAUGCUUACACCCACCUUCUAAUAUCUGGUAUCUUUAUAUAAUAGACAUAAUAAUAAUUAACAACUAAUGCACUUUCUUUAUUCGAGCAGAUUCCUUUAUCCAAAAAUACCAGAGAUAAAUAAAUUAAAAA